UGAACUUUUUCACCAAAGUGAAAUGAGAAAAGAAAUGCUAAUUCCAAUGUUAAGGAAAGUACGCUUACGUAUUAUUUAUUUUUAAAAUUAAAAAAUGUAAAAAAACAUUAACCCAUUAAGUAAGGCGUGCUUACCUGUUUUUAUUUGAAAUUUGUCAUAUUUCAACUUCCUGUUAUUUAAGUUGUGUACUCAAUCUUCAAUUGAAAGCAAAUAAUAUAAGCCAUAUGGCUACACAAUUUUAUCUGAUGGCAACUGUAAUCUUGACAGAUUUCUUUUCUCCCUUCUUUUGUGGAGCAAAACGAAUACGAAAUUAGCAUCCUUCGUACAUACAUACAGGGUUUGUAUAUCAAUGGAUUCUACUGGUUCAUCUGCGUUUCUAUUCUAAAUUAGUAACAAGUGAAAUUAUACCUGCCGAAAAGAAAAUGCUAAUUGUAAAAUGAAUUAAGUAUAAAAUCAGUAGGAGUGUAUAAUAUAAGGAAAUAUGUAUUAUGUAGAUAACAAAUACAUCAUUUUUUAACGAUUUCCGUUUUGUAUUGAGAUUUGUCAAUGUAACUUCCGCUGUGGGUAUACUGAGCUGAGGUUGGAUAUCUCGUACACCCCAAAAGACGGGAGCAAUGAUGCAGCAUACCCGUUAAAUUAUAAAAUACAUCAAUUAUUGUUAUUGAUGUACUAAAAGGCUACAUGGCAUGACACUAUAAACACUGAAUCGAUUUUGUGGGAUCGCAGACCAAGUCUUGCCUACAAUUUUUGGAAACUAAUUAGAUUUUGUUAUUUGCAUGAAUCGAUUAUUCGAAAUUAACACCACUACAAAUUGUAUACACAGAUACAUGUUGUCAUUAAAAGUGAUAUGCUGCAUGAAUGGAAUGUUAACAUACAUAAAAUUACGUUUGCGACUCACCAGAGGAUUUGCAAUUGUAUGCAAAUAGUAGGCAUUAUACUGCAGCUGCUUAGUAAAACUUCCACAAAAAAAUGGAGGUCGAGGAGUUGACUGAUAUAUUUUACACGAGCGACAAGAAGGGUCAGGUUUGUCGCGUCAAACUGAAUGGACAGGGAUUUACCUUGCAACGCGAAACCACUAAUAACCGCUCCAGAGAGCAACUCAUCGAAUUGAAUGACAUAGUUGGUAGUCGCUGUAUUGUCGUGAAAAAGGAUCGACGCGGCUGCUCAAUGCUCUGUAGUUCCGCAGCACAAAAUGAUGGCAAUCGUAGCGAUAGCGGUGAUGAUACAAAAAAGAAAUAUAAUGCUGUUACCUAUCAGCAUAACAAUGCCAGCGCAUAUCUAUAUGUUUUUGCAUAUAUAUUAAAUAAGAAACACCUACGUAAUAUCAUACGUCGCGAACGUACUGUCUUGAAAUUGCGCUUCCGUUCCUUUGACACUUUUAGCGAUAAUAUGCGCGAAGCAGAACGUUGGUAUCAUACAGUUAGAGCGUUUAAGGGACGCAGUUUGGGUUAUAAUGACACCGAUGAACGACGUAUACUGGUUUUGUUGAAUCCGAAAUCGGGUUCCGGUAAGGCACGAGAGAUUUUCAAUCGUCAAGUAGUACCAGUCUUAAAUGAAGCAGAGCAACCGUACGAUUUGCAUGUGACCAAGCAUGCCAAUUAUGCGCGUGAAUUUGUGCGUGUGAAAGUCUUGGAUAACUACAGUGGUAUUGUGGCAGUCGGUGGCGAUGGCCUAUUCUUUGAGAUACUAAAUGGCUUGCUGAUGCGUGCUGAUUGGUUGGAGUCACGUAACAUACUUUUGGGCAUAGUGCCAUGUGGUUCUGGAAAUGGUUUGGCCCGUUCCAUUGCGCAUGUGUGUGGAGAACCAUAUGAACCAAAGCCAAUCUUGGGCGCCACACUUACAAUGCUAAGUGGCAAGUCGAUGGCCAUGGAUGUUGUGCGCAUACAACAACAAAAUCAGAUACUCUAUUCGUUCCUCUCGGUUGGUUGGGGUCUUAUCUCAGAUAUAGAUAUCGAAAGUGAACGCCUACGUUCGCUUGGCUAUCAAAGAUUUACCAUUUGGACAUUGCAUCGUUUAAUUAGUUUACGUACAUAUCGCGGCAAAGUAUCAUAUCUUCCCAAGGAAAAUGUUUACUUAGAAAGUGACACGGUAUCAUUGGCAGAGCCGCUGCCACUGAAGCACAGUAGAAGUUGUAAUGCAUGUUUGGACAAGCUGAAUAGUGGUUGUUUUCAAUCCACCGAUUGCAUUGAAGCCAGCAAAUACUAUGAUGUCAUUUCGCUGCAAAACUCCAUCAAUCAAUCGCUACAAUCACGUUGCGAUAGUUGGUUCUCACCUGCUUCCUGCCGUAGUACUUAUCAUUCCGUAUCGGAGAGUAUUUAUCACAGCGUCGAUGAUGGUAGUGAUGCAGAAUCGCAUUUGCAGCACAGCAAUUUGAGCGUUCAUUUAUGUGGGCCGGUAGGUAGCGCGCCAACGCUAGAUGAGCCGGUGCCUGCAUCAUGGGUGGUGGAGGAGGGCGAAUUCGUGAUGGUGCAUGCCGCCUAUCAAACGCAUUUGGGCAGCGAUUGUUUCUUUGUGCCGCAAGCAAGAUUCAACGAUGGCAUCAUUUAUGUGGUCAUCAUACGUAGCGGCAUUAGUCGUUCGCAGUUGUUGAACUUUUUAAUGGGCAUGAGUUCGGGCACACACGUGCCGGUCACCGAUAAUGAAUUUGUGAAAAUGGUGCCGGUGACGGCGCUACGCAUAGAACCGUACGACAAUGAGGGUAUUCUCACGGUCGAUGGUGAGCGUAUCGAAUUUGGUCCAUUGCAGGCGGAAAUGUUGCCGGGUAUGGUGCGCGUUAUGGCACCAAAGUGAGCUUAGCCAAAUUGUGGUGGAAAUAAUAUUCAAAGUGUUGUGCACCAUUUUAUUCCUUUACGAUGGCUUUUAUUGUUAAAAUUUUUUUAUAUUUUGUUAUAUAUAUAUGUAUGUAUAUUA